GGCACUCGGAAAACGCGCGCGUGACCGCCUAGCGUGGGGAGUUAUUUGCGUUCCGCUCAGAGUCGCUCUGAAACUCGCCGCUGAACACGGCUCUGCAAAAACAAGACGCAGCAAAGGUGCUACUGAACUGAGCGCAUCAUGAGCGGCCGGGCGACGACUGUGUGCUUUCUGCUGCUGGUUGCAGGAUGUCUAACGGCCGUCAUGAGUGAGGAAGCCCAUCUGCGAUCACGUCGGGACUUCGGAUGUGCGCGGGGAAUGAUAAUGAUGUGCCAGCGAAGGUGCAUGCGCCUCUACCCUGGGAGCACGGGCUACUGCCAAGGGUUCCGUUGCAUGUGCGACACGCACAUCCCUAUCCGGCGACCUCCCUUUUUCAUGGGCUGAGGCGGCCCGGCGACACAAUGCCAGACAGCCGUAUUUCUCUCUAAUAAACGGCGUCCUUUUCAA